AUGUUGUUAUCUAUUGAAAAAGAAUUGCUAGAUGAAUUAGAUGUAGAAGCAAUCCUUUUCAAGUUCACCAAUUUCAUCCAUCUUUUUUAUGUUGCAUCUUCUUCAUCUUUUCUUCUAUUCCUUUACAUCUUUUACACCUUUUCAUUUUUUUUCUCUUUUUUUUUUCAUCUUUUAAAUUCUAUCUCUUUUUGUCUUUUGCAGAGCCUUCCCCAGCUUGUUGGUCGCCAGACUUCCACUAUGUUACGGGCCUGUUACCGCCUCCGUCACUUUCUGCGACUGAAAUGCCGGACGUGUCAUAUCAUACUCCUAUUUGUGUUGCUCUCCGGCUCGCAGAUUUGGAUAUGGCUUCGGCGGCAGCAGCAGCAUCAACCCGUCACCGUGAUGGAUCAAGACUUCGGCCUGGAAGAGCCGAGGCACGGGCGCGAGCGAAUGGCCGUGCACAUCGCUGGCGCCGAUGCCUUCAACUACCAGACGCGCCCCAUCAACUGUAAUCAAAUUUAUCGCUCCGACAAGGCCGAGAUUAUCCGAACCUCAAAGAUCGGAACCAACUCCAAGUUUUAUCGUAAGAUCUUUCUCCAGGAAUUCAAAAACUGCAAAUCCCUCUUGGAGAAAUCGAAGUAUAUACUCAAUGUUAGUCAAGAGGAGAAAACGUUUCCGAUCGCCUUUAGCAUCUUGCUUUACAAGGACUUUUUCCAAGUGGAGAGACUCCUUCGGGCUAUCUACCGGCCGCACAACAUCUACUGCCUGCAUACUGACGCUAAAUCUUCACGUAGUCUACAGGAUAACAUCCGCCGUUUGACCACCUGCUUUGACAAUGUAUUCGUUGCUUCCAAGCUCGAAGAUGUCGUCUACGCUAGCUAUUCCAGACUUCAAGCUGACUUCAACUGUAUGGUCGAGCUGUUACGGUCCAACGUCAGCUGGAAGUACUUCAUCAACCUACCCAGCCAAGCCUACCCGCUCAAGACCAACGCAGAGAUUGUGAAAAUCCUCAAGAUUUACAAUGGCUCCAAUGACAUUGAGGGCAUUACCGGCACGCGCAUGCUGCCCGAGCGAUACCAGUACAGUUAUCAUGUGGUUACGUCAAAUAAUAAAAGGGUCAUUGAAAACACGUACAGAAAAAAGACUCCACCGCCACACAAUAUUCAGAUUGUAAAAGGAAGUGCCUACGGCGUUUUCAGCCGGGCAUUCGUUCAAUUUGUUAUGACAGACGGACGCGUUCAGGACUUCAAAAAGUGGCUUGAAGACACCAACAGCCCGGAUGAAUAUAUAUGGGCCACGUUAAACCAUCUUAAAUACAACGGACACUUAAAUGCACCUGGUGGAUAUAGAGGUGACCCAGAAGAUAAGCCGUGGCUUGCUACGUAUGCUACCUGGAAAGGGGAUGCUCCUUGUCACGGCAAGUGGGUGCGAAGUAUCUGUGUGUUUGGUGUGGGCGACGUGCCCAGCCUCCUGAACAAGAGGCAACUGUUUGCUAACAAAUUUUACCUGGACUACCAGCCAGCCGCCAUCCACUUUACGCUUCUUUUUUUUUCUUUUUUUUUUCUCUCUCUCUCUCUCUCUCUCUCUCUCUCUCUCUCUCUCUCUCUCUCGGGCUAA